AUGUCGUUGAUCGCGGGGGAGGACUUCCAGCACAUCCUGCGUCUGCUCAACACCAACGUGGAUGGCAAGCAGAAGAUCAUGUUCGCCAUGACCUCCAUCAAGGGUGUCGGCCGCCGCUUCUCCAACAUCGUCUGCAAGAAGGCCGACAUCGACAUGAACAAGCGUAGUCAUCUGUGGCUCAGCAUGGAUUGGCUGUUUAAGGUCCCUGACUGGUUCCUCAACAGGAAGAAGGAUUACAAGGAUGGUAGGUUCUCUCAGGUUGUUUCCAAUGCCCUUGACAUGAAGCUCAGGGAUGACCUUGAGAGGCUGAAGAAGAUCAGGAACCACCGUGGUCUGCGUCACUACUGGGGCCUGCGUGUCCGUGGCCAGCACACCAAGACCACGGGAGGCGUGGAAAGACUGUCGGAUGUUCAUUAUCUGUAG